AAACAUGGCGGCACCCAUGGUGCGGUACCGCCGUGUUUGGCGGCUCGGGUCACAUCUUCUCGGGCCGGUUUCGGGGUCGAACUUUCGCACUUCUGCCCGGGCUCGCGACGGGCUGCUCCUGGGUUUACACAAGCGCGGGCUCCUGAAAGAGGCGUUCCCGGACACGGCGGCGCAGGACGCGCUGCCGCGGCUGCUCCAGGCCGCGCCUCAGACCGUCUACUGCGGCUUCGACCCCACCGCCGACAGCCUCCACGUGGGGAACCUGCUCGCCGUCAUCGGCCUGCUGCACUUCCGCAGCGCCGGGCACCACGUGCUCGCGGUGCUCGGCGGCGCCACGGCGCAGAUCGGAGACCCGAGCGGGAGGACGAGCGAGCGCGAGCGGCUGUCGCCGGAGCUGGUGGCGGCCAACACGCGCAGCAUCCGCGACAGUCUGCAGCGCAUCUUCGCGCACCACGAGCUGCUGUUCCACGACGGCUCGCGGAAGCUGGGCACCGUGACGGUGCUGGACAACCUGAGCUGGCACAAGGAGCAGAAGCUGGUGGCCUUCCUGGCGGACACCGGCAGGCACUUCCGGAUGGGCACCAUGCUGAGCAGACACAGCGUCCAGGCGCGGCUCAAGAGCGGCGACGGCAUGAGUCUGAGCGAGUUCACCUACCAGGUGUUCCAGGCCUACGACUUCCACUACCUGAACCAGGUGUACGGCUGCAGGAUCCAGCUGGGCGGCACCGACCAGCUCGGGAAUCUCAUGAGCGGCCACGACUUCAUCCACAGGAUGGGCGGUGAGGAGGUGUACGGCCUGACCCUCCCACUGGUCACCAGCUCCGUCGGCGACAAACUGGGGAAGACGGCGGGAAACGCCGUGUGGCUGAACCGAGACAAGACGUCGCCCUUCGAGCUCUACCAGUUCCUGGUCAGGCAGCCGGACGCCAGCGUGGAGCGGUUCCUCAAGUUGUUCACCUUCCUGCCGCUGCCGGAGCUGGAGAACCUGAUGCAGCAGCAGCGAGAGGAUCCCAGCAGACGGCUGGCGCAGAAGCGUCUGGCCGCGGAGGUCACCAAGCUGGUGCACGGCAGGGAGGGGCUGGAGAGCGCCAAGAGGUGCACCAGGACGCUCUUCCACAGCAGCGUCCAGGCCCUGGAGGAGAUGAGCGACCUGGAGCUGCAGGAGCUCUUCAGGGAGGCGCCGUUCCACGAGCUGCUGCUGGAGCCGGGGACCAGCGUCAUCGAGGCCUGUCGCAGCAUCGGCGCCAUCCCAGAGGGGCCCAAAGGGUACCGGAUGGUCUCGGAAGGCGCCGUGUGCUUCAACCACCAACGGGCCGACAACCCCGAGCAGGUUCUGAUCCCCAAGAUCCACAUCCUGUCUAACGGACUCUCACUGAUCCGAGUGGGCAAGAAGAACUUCUACAUCGUCAAGUGGCUCGGACUCUGACGCGGUUCUGACGGGGGUGCAGCGCUUCGCCUCCAGUUUUGGACAAGACUCUAUUUCCACAGUGGUGUGUGUGUGUGUGUGUGUGAGAGAGAGAGUGUGUGUGUGUGUGUGAGGAGGCAGAAGAGGAACAUAUCAGGUCUCCUGCAGUCGCGGACGACGCUGUUGAAGCACUGAACACUCGCGCAGUGGCACUUACGUCUCUGCCUCUGACAGCCGCAUGUAGCAGCGUGCAAUUAGCUUUGCUCCCUUUUUACUACCUGUGUGUACAUUGGCCGGUCCCCACAGUCCCCCCUCUCCCCUCCCCUCCCCCCUCUCUCGCUCGUGUGUAGCACAUAAACGUCGGCGACUUCAUCCGACUCCUGGACCAGGACUGUUCCCCGACCGUCGGUCCUCCCAGCAGCAGCAGCAGCAGCGGUACAGAUGUAGCCCCCGGUUCAGGAGGCCACGCCCUCCUCCCACUGGACGGUCCCGCUCCUCACUUAAAGGUCACUAGUUCCAUUCCCUCAGUGUAAAAAAAGGCAUUUUCAUGAAUGUGUUGCCUUUGAAAGGACACGCAUCAAGGUUCAGUACCCGGAGCUGCCGUUCUUAGGAAGGUGAUCAGUUCCAUGCCAGGUCCUUCCCUAAUCCAGCGAGUUAAACUGGUCGCCGGUUCAAUACCCGGCGCUGAACCUCAGACCUGAACACACCCUGAUGCUGGUUCAACCCCCCCGCCCCCCUGCAGGGGUCUUCAUGUUACAGAAAGGUCAUGGGUUCAACUCCACGACUCCGUCAGAGACUUAAGAGCACUUGUCUGGUUCCGUCGCCUCCAGCACCACGGAGGUGUGUUUGCUGACCCGCCCCCCUCCUCACCCUCAUCCCCUUCUGUCCACCGCUUCGAUGCCCACAGUUCGUGACAAAUCUUUGUCCGAACUGUUUUUUUUGUGCCUUUCAUGGAACGCUCAAAGAAGUUUUUGCGGGGGAGAGUCUCCAGUUCGAGUCCGCUCCAGGUGUGCCUUGCUCACCGGCGCCCCGUGUUUGAUGCUCCCCCCGCGAGUGCAUUUGAUCCCCAGCUUCCGCCGGUGACACGGUCCAGUCUCAGCCUCACCACGUGUCCUUGAGCAAGACUCUAAAUCCUGAACUGCUCCCGAUGCCUUCCACAGGAGCCCUGACCCCCAUCAACACCCCUCCCACCCCCGCCCCGGGCGGCGCUCCCCUCUGUGUCGUGUACAUCUUUGUGUUGUAAAUAAUUUUGUAAAAAAAAACAAAAAAACAAACACACACACAAAAGACACACCACAAAAACACUGAGAAUUAUACUAACUUAUUUAUGUGAAGCCUUUUUUAAUGUAGAAUGGAAUAAUAAAAAAAUGGGUUUGUGAUCAUCCAAAGUGGCAUUUACUAUAAUAAUUAUUAUUUUUAUUAUUAUUAUUGUUUUGUUUUGUAAAAGACAUAUUUGGUAGUUUUAUUUCCUCGAUAAAAUAAGGUUGCAAACUGAGCCCAAUAAGAUAUUUGUGUAUGUUCUGAUGUGUGGAUAUAAAAUGUGUUGCAAUCGAUUAAAAGAUUAAAUUGACUUUUUUUGUG